AAUAAAUAGAGCUUUUAAGUCAAAAAGAGCUUUUGGGUAAAAGCUUCAUUUUUAAGUUUUUUGUCCAAAGUGUUUUUUUAGUUAUUUUUAGGCUUUUUGGACCUUUAAAAGAGUUUAUAAUUUUUUUAUCAAACGAAUACUUUUUUUUUUAAACAGACUUUUUAAGUGUUAAAAGUAUUUUUAGGUCACUCAAAUGCAAUUUCAAAUUGGCCCUAAGCAUAGAACUAUUCAUGUCUAUUGCAAUAACUUCGCAAAAGAUUAAAAAAAAACAUUUUCACUCCAUUGAGACAUUGGUUUUAUCCUCAUUCACCUUUUACCCUAAUGCCUUCUCAAAUACUUCCAAACAACUUUGAAAAAGAGGAAAGAAAAAAGAAAAUAACAAAAUAAUAAACUGUCUUCAUUAAAUUAAAAAAAAAAAAGAAAAAAGAAAAGAUAUGAUUAUAGGCCUAUGAGUGGACAAAACUAAUUAAAGCGGUUAAAUGGGGACAACGAAACGGACGGGGAGGGACCGGAGGUAAUGCGAUGCUUUCUUUAACAUCAGUGGAAGCGGCCGGUGAAAUGGCCAAGUGGGGAAAAAAAAUACUCAGAAGUCUUGGAGCUUCGGACAAAUACUCGGAAAUUGUUGGUGGAAGCGGCCAGUGUAAGACUAAUUUGCCGUUAGGUUAUGUUUUGGACAUUUUUUUAGGGCGAAGAGAAACUCCGUAUAGUAUAGACACAGGAGGCCCAGGUUAGGGUUUCGAAUGCAGUUGGGCGGCUGGAAAGGACUCUCAUUUUGAAGAAUAUUUUUUCAUAAAUAAAUAAAAAAAAGUUCUUUCACGGCCGAUGGCUGAGUGGCCACCGACCCAUGAGAGAGAGCUUGGUGGGCGAGGAAUAAUCAAAGUUCUUUCUAGGUGUUGUUUGAUUGGUCGAUGGAGAUGUCUUUAAAGACAGGUGGAAUAUGAAAGCUGGGUGAUCAAAACUCCUUAAACCUCUGUUUCUGCUUGACUCGAACAUUUCAAGAGAAGAAGAAGAGUCCUCUUUUGAAUCAAGUACAAGAAUUUCUAAGGAAUCCCAACAAAGCCCACGUUAUUCCCGAAGGUUAAGAUGAAAACUGCCUCUUCCAAUCUUCAAGAGCCAAAGAAUCGCUGACUGUGAGCUCACCGAACCUUUUUCUUUAAGAAAGAUUUUGUUCCGAGUCAUAUAACAUUGAUAUUCUAAUUUUAGAAGGGAAGAUUUUUGUCUCGUCUUCUAAUGCAAAAGUGUGGCUGAUAUUGCAUCCAUCUGGGGUCUGGACCAUGGAACAAUAUGCUUCUGUUACUUUUGUUGUAUAAGUUCGCAUAAUCCUUCCAAUCUCUGGAUCAGUCCACCAGUCAGAAAACAAUGACCCCUGAGGAGAAAACUCUAGUUGAAAUCUUGGACGAGCAUAAUCCAAUUGACCUCGCCAGAUACAUAAACUAUGUAACCGCCCCACAAGCCGGUGCUAUAUCAACAUUUUCCGGCACGACACGCGACAGCUUUGAAGGCAAAACAGUCUUGGAGCUGAGAUAUGAGGCAUACAAACCCAUGGCAAUCCGAUGCAUUAAAUCCAUUUGUUCGUCUGCUAGAUCCUCCUGGAAUCUCCACUCCAUCGCAGUUGCUCACCGCCUGGGCCCGGUUCCAGUUGGAAUAACAAGUGUCUUCAUUGCAAUCUCGGCCGUUCAUCGAGUUGAUGCUUUAGAUGCUUGUAAGUUUGUGAUUGAUGAGUUAAAGGCUUCGGUUCCAAUAUGGAAGAAGGAAGUUUAUGCUAAUGGAGAGGUCUGGAAGGAGAAUUCGGAGUUCCUAGAGAGGAGGUUGGAGCUUGGAAAAAAGGAUGGAGUCGGCGGUGGAAAAGAUGUUGAGUUUGAGGGGCAUCAUAGAAAGGGCUGCUGUGGGGCUAAGGUUAAGGUGAAUGGAGGAGGAGUUGCCAACAUCAGCACCAGUCAUGGAUGGUCCAGUGAACUUGAGUAAAGGGAAGAUUCCACUCAUUUGUUGUUAUCUCCUUCUUUCCACCUUCUUUUCUCCCUCCAAAGAUAAUGGAAUUGUGAUUGUUGUGAUGUUACACAUUUGAAUGUGGGAGACAUGUGCCAGCUAUUGCCGUCCAUCCCCUUGAUUGGACAGAAUUUUGAUACCUAUUGUGUGGUGUCCUGUUUCGGUUGGGAAUAAUGUCUUAAAACUUUGUGUUUUUGAGCACAUUCAAUAAGAAGUAAUUUUGACAA